AUGCCGCUGCGUCACUCCCCCCCUACUAAAGCGAGUAGCGUGUCACACGAAGAUACAAGCGUAUCCGCUUUGCCGGCAGCAGAGGCGCAGGCGCAAGCUCGUGUCGAGAUUCACAGAGAAAUUUCGGCACAGAAAAUUUUAAUUAAUGCAUCAGAUUGCGACUUGCAGUGUAUGUCGGAUGACCCAUCAAAUAAUCAUUACAAUACAUCGCAGCGUCAGAAGAGAAAGCGAACUAAUACGUCAGAAAUGCAGAUAUCCCAUUUUAUGACAGAAAUGAGGGACAUGUUUUCUGAUUUGAAGGCCCAGCAAGAGACAAAAAUGGAGAAAUUAUAUACAGUUAUUGAAGAAGUAAGAAAUCAAAAUUUAGAGAUCCGUUCAUGUAUUGAAUUCCUAUCUACCAAAUAUGACUCACUUAUGGAACAAGUUAAUGAGCUUAAGGAAGAAAACUCACAACACCUCAAAUACAUCCAGGCACUUGAAACUAAAUUGGAAAAUUGUGAAAGAAGCAAUCGAGCGACUUGCAUUGAAAUAAAAAAUUUACCGAUAAAUCAAUCUGAAUCAAAGGGUUGUCUUCUUGAAACUGUAAGCAAAAUUGGGGACGUUUUAAAAGUUGGCAUACAAACCAAUGAUGUCAAAGAUAUAUUUCGCAUUAAUACUAGGAACCCUGAAAAUAAAACUGUGAUAGUCGAUCUUGUUAGUAACAUCAAAAAGGAUUUUAUACUGAAGGCUUACAAAAAAUAUAAUAAAGGUAACACCAAGCUCAAUACUGAAAACGUAGGAAUACAUGGUCAAUCGAAACCCAUUUUUAUCGCAGAGAACCUAACUGCAAAAAUGAAGCGACUGUUUUAUCUUGCCCGCGUUUUUGCAAACAGUAACGAAUACAAGUACUGCUGGACAUCAAAUGGCAAAAUCUUUAUUCGAGAAAAGGAUGGCUCUCCUUUUUAUUUGAUUAAGGAUGAAUCGGAUCUCAAAAAAAUUGUUAAAGCAUAUUGA